AUGGAUAAUUAAAUUGAAUAAAAGACUUUAUUCAAAACAAAGUUUAACCACUCCACUCGCAAUAUCUCUUAACAGAACAAAAUUACUAAAAAACAGAUUUUUAGGUAUUAAAUACAAUUAUAUAUCAAUCUAGAUGUUCAAGUUAAAGUUAUUCUCAUGAAGCAUUAGAGGCUCUCGAAACUAAUAAAGAAGACGAUUUUGCUGCUUAAUUUAUGUCUUAGCCAAUCAAUUCCUGCUUUGAAAGAGUUCUAGAUAGAAAACAUAGCAUAUAAAGCAAUCUAGGAUCUAUUAAAGAGCUCUCACUAUCUGAUUAAUAGGCUGAUCAUCAACAAUAAUAAGAUUUAAACAAUGAAAAUGCAGAAUAAAAUACUCAAUAAAAUACUCAUUCAGCUAGUGGAGUACCUUAAAACAAUCUGAGGAACAAAAGGAAAUUGAAAAGAUUGCCAAGACUCACCGAAGAUAAAGUGGCAUAAAAACCUAUAAAUGAAUUGUAGCUUAUAAUUAUGCCUAAUAAUAAGUAUAAAUAAUGUUGGGAUAUGGCUUUGUUUUUAAUCCUUAUGUAAAUUGAAUUAAACUAUAUUUAGUUAUGUCUCAAUAUUCACACCUUUUAAGAUUGGUUUCGUAUAUGAUGGUGAAUAUCUCAUCUGGGAUUACUUAGACAAUACAAUAGAUUUCAUUUUUAUGACAGACAUCGUAAUUACAUUCCUGUGUGCCACAUAUGAUGAUGAAGGCAAUUUAAUCACUGAAAGAAAAGCAAUCAUUCUUAACUACAUCAAAGGAUGGUUCCUUAUUGACUUAAUGGUAAUGCGUCACUUAAAACACAGUCAUCAAUUCCGUUUUACUUAAUUAUGAAUGAUACCUCUUAGAGAUACAACAGUAUAGCAC